AUGGGAAAAGAAGGAAUUCAUGAAAAUAUAAUAUGUCAUUUUGUAGAUCAGUGUCAUAAGGGGCUAAAUUUUCUUCACGAUAAUAAUAUAAUUCACAGAGAUAUUAAAUGCCAAAAUAUAUUAGUCAACCUUGAUUUUAAUAUUAAAAUAAUUGAUUUUGGUAUUUCAAAAUAUACAGAAUAUAAAACAUCAACAUUUGCAGGAACACCAACACAUAUGUCACCAGAAACAAGAAUAGGCAAAACAAGUUUUGGUUCGGAUCUUUGGAGCCUAGGUUGCACAAUUAUUGAAAUGGGAGGGGGUAAUUUAGAUGUGAUUGAAAAUGAUAUCCCAAAAAUCCCCGAGCAUUUUUCAAAUAAUCUUAGAUUUAUGACUAAACUUCUUUUAAUUAAAGAUCCUUUUUAUAGAGGGUAUCCUAUUUUUAAAAAUUAUAACACUGUAUGUAUUAAAACUCUCUGUAUUUUUAUUAGAAAAUACUUACUUUAA